GCCGUGGCAGCACCGGAAUUUCUGGUCCUCCCAGCUGUCUGGGAUUCCCAGCUUCAACUCUUCCUGGAAGCGCUUUCUUCACCGCUUCCCUUGCGCAAUCUAGCGAGCCCUCCCUCCGCUCUGGGGCUUCUUAAACCGAGUGUGGCUAGGCGCCGGAGCAUAGAGCACCGAGCCGCCUCCCCGUCCAGCCUGGCCCUCGUUGCGCCCUGCCGCAGCGGCGCUGGACCACAGCCGCUUCGGAAGCACCUCUCCCGCAGUUAUGGAGAAAAUUUCUACAGAUGCAUUUCCUCUCACUAUGCAUUCUUCAGAAAAGCAAGAGACUAUAUGUAUUUUUGGAACUGGAGAUUUUGGAAGAUCACUGGGACUUAAAAUGCUCCAGUGUGGUUAUUCUAUUGUUUUCGGAAGUCGAACCCCCCGGAUGUCCAGCCUGCUGCCCAAUGGUGCAGAGGUCAUGAGCUACUCUGAUGCAGCCCAGAAAUCUGACAUUAUAAUCAUAGCAAUACACAGGGAACAUUACGAUUUUCUCACAGAAUUAACCGAGGUUCUCAAUGGGAAAAUAUUGGUCGACGUCAGCAACAACCUCAAAAUCAAUCAGUAUCCAGAGUCAAACGCAGAGUACCUUGCCCAGUUGGUGCCGGGAACUCACGUGGUAAAAGCAUUUAACACCAUCUCAGCCUGGGCUCUCCAGUCAGGGGCACUGGAUGCAAGUCGGCAGGUGUUGAUCUGUGGAAAUGACAGCAAAGCCAAGCAAAGAGUGAUGGAUGUCGUUCGUAGUCUUGGACUUACUCCAUUGGAUAAAGGAUCUCUCGUGGCAGCCAAUGAAAUUGAAAACUACCCGCUCCAACUAUUUCCAAUGUGGAAGUUCCCCUUCUAUUUGUCUGCUGUUCUGUGUGUCUUCUUCUUUUUCUACUGUGUAAUAAGAGAAGUAAUCUACCCUUAUGUUCAUGAAAAAAGAGACAGGACAUUCCGUCUGCCUAUUUCUAUUCCAAAUCGUGUCUUUCCAAUAGCAGCACUCACACUGCUCGCCUUGGUUUACCUCCCUGGUGUUAUUGCUGCCAUUCUGCAGCUGUACCGAGGUACAAAAUACCGCCGAUUCCCCGACUGGCUUGACCACUGGAUGCUUUGCAGAAAACAGCUUGGCUUGAUAGCGCUGGGAUUUGCCUUCCUUCAUGUCCUCUACACACUUGUGAUCCCUAUUCGUUAUUAUGUACGAUGGACAUUGAACAACAGAACCGUUACCCAGGCAAUAACCAAGAAAGAAAAUCCAUUUAGUACCACUACCUCCUGGCUCAGUGAUUCAUAUGUCGCUUUGGGAAUGCUCGGAUUUUUCCUGUUUGUCCUCUUGGGAAUCACUUCCUUGCCAUCAGUUAGCAACACAGUCAACUGGAGAGAGUUCCGAUUUGUCCAGUCCAAACUGGGUUAUUUGACCCUGAUCUUGUGCACAGCCCACACCUUGGUGUAUGGUGGGAAGAGAUUCCUCAACCCUUCGAACCUUGUGUGGUAUCUCCCUUCAGCCUACGUGAUUGCGCUGAUCAUCCCUUGCACAGUGCUGGUAAUCAAGUUCAUCCUCAUCCUGCCAUGUAUAGACAAGACCCUUAUGCGGAUCCGCCAGGGUUGGGAAAGGAACCCAAAAUACUCAGAAUCGGCAUUGAACGGAAAAACAGAUAUUUAAAGCAAAGUUCAAUUCACCUGGACUUCUUAACUACGGUGUUGCAUGUUUAGAGAAGAAGAACUAGUGCAGUGAAGAAAGUAUUUUUCUCCCACCAUGGGCUGAAGUUUGUGAACAGAGGAAGAAAUCAUGCCUGACUUUGAGAAAUGGGACACCGUUUUAAUCUCAGGUCCAUGCUGAGUCACUGCUGGUCUCUGCCUCUCCUUUUACUGGAGGUGGGGGGCUGAAUUGCCAUUAGCUUUGUGGUUUCACAAUAAGAAGCUUCUUUGCUGGGGGCAACAUACAUGACCUAAUGUCUUGCAAAAUCCAGGGGAAGUACAUGCAGUUUCCUUCUCUGGUUCAAGGGCUAAGUAGAGUGAAAGAGAAAAUACUAAGAUGGUGGCUGCUGAUAAGGGCUUUAUUAGAUUGGUCUGAAAAAGAGGGCCAAGGAAGCAAAAGGAAUGAGAUUUUUAUUCUGGUUUUUGGAAGUGCAGGUGAUUAUAAAUAUUGCCAUGGUAAAUUCUGUAGUUAUGUGUGCUUUUUGAUAUUUUUUUUUACCAACCUGGAUAGGUAGUAUGGGGAAUUAUUUUAUAAAACAAUAAAAAUUUCACAAUAGAUUAGAAAUAAUCAUGGACUGGAUAUAUGCAAACUUAUACAGUUGUCAUAAGAUCAUUCCUCCACAAAGGAAUAAGUAUAAAAAAGAUUGAGUUAAAAAUGAGGGAUAUCCACUUGGAUUUUCUCAAUGUACCAUAAGUGAAGAAGAGUUGAUAAAAGCCCUUGUGCAAAAAGUU